AAUGUAAUUGUCAGCUCAUGGUCAACUGACGUACGCUACAGUAGUACAGAUACAUUGGCAAUAUGUUCACAGGCCUGGUCGAGCAUCUUGGAGAGGUACAGAGGCUCGCUGACGAAGAUGGCUGCACUCUGAUUGUCGAAGCAGAAUCGAUUCUGGACGAUGCUGUCUUGGGUGACUCCAUCGCCGUCAAUGGCACAUGCUUGACCAUCACCGAGUUCGAUAAACGCCAGUGUAAGUUCGGCGUCGCACCAGAGACAUUGCGACGUACUUGCCUCGGCGACCUCAAAUCGGGCGAUCGUGUCAACCUCGAGCGCGCAUGUAAGGCGUCUACACGCAUGGGAGGCCAUCUGGUACAAGGCCAUGUGGAUACGACGGCCGUCAUUACCGAGCGCAAAGCGGAUGGCGAGGCGAUCGCUCUUACAUUCAAACCCCGAGACCCGACUAUUCUCAAAUAUGUGAUUGAGAAGGGCUACAUCUGCCUAGAUGGCGCAUCUUUGACUGUUACGCAUGUUGACUAUGAGACAUGGAGUGUGAUGCUCAUCGCAUAUACCCAGGCGAAGAUCACUUUAGGCUUCAAGCAAGUUGGGGAGGUCGUCAAUGUCGAAGUGGACCAAGUUGGCAAGUACAUCGAGCGCAUGAUUGAUCCGCACAUCAGGGCCCUUCAACGGAAGCUCUGAUUUCUUGCAUGAAUGCCUCCAUAUAACGCCGCUAUGCUUUUUAAACAUUCUCCUUUAUAUCUUGUUGUCGAGCCGGUAUUGCU